UUACAGGAACUUCGACACGAGAACUUGAACCCAUUUGUGGGUUGCUUCAUCGAUCCAUUCAAACCUUGCCUGCUCUUUGAGUUCUGCACACGAUCAAGUCUGGCGGAUGUCUUGUUCAACGCUGAUGUUAACUUGGACUGGGAGUUCAAACUUUCUCUGAUGACUGAUCUCAUUAUGGGCAUGCGGUACUUGCAUUCAAGUGCCAUCGGCACGCAUGGCAACCUGAACUCGCACAACUGCGUCAUCGACACCAGGUGGGUCCUUAAGAUCACCGACUUCGGGGUCAAAACCAUCUACGAAUUCUGUAAAACAAAAUUUCCUUCUGCAGAUAAAAAACGCUUGCUCUGGACCGCUCCAGAAAUUUUGAGACAAGAUGAAAACUUUAGGCAUGCUUCUCAAAAAGGCGAUGUGUACAGUUUCGCAGUCAUCAUGCAAGAGAUCCUGAUGCGAAUGCCUCCUUAUGGAAUGCUCGACAAGGAACCUGAAGAGUUGCUGGGAAAGAUUUUGAAGCCACCACCUCUGUGCCGACCAGCGGUGCCACCAGGGGCAGCCCCCCCGGAGUACAUACAACUCAUGAAGCAAUGUUGGGGAGAGAUGGCUGAGACCAGGCCAAGUUUCGAAGACAUUGUUGGCAGGUUCAAAUCAUUCACCAAAGGAAAGAAAACCAACAUCGUCGAUGCAAUGUUCCGUAAACUGGAGAAAUAUUCGAACGACUUGGAGGAGACGGUGAGGGUGAGGACGUUGGCUUUGGAGGAGGAGAGGAAGAAGACUGAAAGUUUGCUCACUCAGAUGUUGCCCGCAUCUGUAGCACAGAGCUUGCUGUCAGGCAGUCCAGUUGAUCCAGAAAGUUACGAGGAAGUGACGGUCUAUUUUAGCGACAUCGUCGGCUUUACGACAAUAUCGGCCAUGAGCAGCCCACUGCAGGUUGUCAGACUGCUCAACGACCUCUACACCAUGUUCGACUCCACCAUCGAUGAUUAUGACGUCUACAAAGUGGAGACGAUAGGGGAUGCGUACAUGGCGUGCAGCGGCCUUCCUGUUCGCAACGGGGACAGACACGCAGGUGAGAUAUCGACCAUGGCUCUCGACCUGCUCAGCAAGUGCGGUCAGUUUGUCAUCUGGCACAUGCCUGACAUCCCACUUCGUAUCAGGAUCGGCAUCCACACUGGAUCAUGUGUGGCAGGAGUUGUAGGUUUGCGCAUGCCCAGGUUUUGUCUUUUCGGAGAUACAGUGAACACAGCUAGUAGGAUGGAAUCCACAUCAACUGCUUUUCGCAUCCACGUCAGUUGGGCAACACAGGAGAAGUUGGUUCUUUUGGGAGGUUAUGAGGUUGUUUACAGAGGAGAGGUCGAACUCAAGGGUAAAGGCAAGCACAAAACGUACUGGUUGGUUGGCAAGAUGGGGUUCAACAAACCUCUGCCUGAACCCCCAGCUAUGACCGGGUUAGUCAACCUUGUUUGUUAA